AUGGUGCGGACCAUGAGACCUGAUGACAUCAACCCCCGGACAGGGCUGGUGGUGGCUCUGGUCAGUGUGUUCCUGGUGUUCGGCUUCAUGUUCACCGUGUCUGGGAUCAAGGGAGAGACCCUGGGGGACAUCCCCCUCCUGGCCAUCGGGCCAGCGAUAUGCCUACCUGGCAUAGCUGCCAUCGCCCUCACCAGAAAAACCGAUGGCUGCACCAAAUGGCCCAAGAAUAAGUGUCCAUGCUGCAAGCAAGCCAAGGACCGGGACAUCAUGGAGCUGCUGAGAAGCCCCUCUGACCUGGAGUCGGGCAAGGGGAGCUGCAAUGAGCUGGCCAAGAAGGCAUACCUGAAGGACAAGAGGGUGCUGCAGGGUGAUGAUUCGGUGUCCAUCUGCACGACCACCACCACUGCCACCACCACGGGCGAGUGCAAGAGCCUAAUCAGAAAGGUGGAGCAGGAGGAGAUAUUGAGAUACCUGGAGACCUGUUACCCAGAGAUGCCAGAGAAUGUGUUCGUGGGAGAUGGAUCCACAUUCAGUGCCUUGGAGAAGACAAGCUCUUCUCCCACCAGGAACAAUGCUUCCUGCCUGGACAUUGAAGACAAUGCUUUUGUUGCUCCUAAAGACAGUAUCAUUGUCUGCUCUUAUAAUGAGAACAGCACUUACGACAGAUACUGUUGUUACAUAAACCCCACUGGAGUAAGCUCAGACCAGGAGACCAUAAUGUGA